AUGAACUUUGAGUGGAGUCGCGAAAAGAGGACGUUCUUAUACUUUUGGCUGUUCGGGCUUAUCAACAAUAUUCUUUAUGUCGUCAUAUUGUCAGCAGCGUCUGAUAUAAUUGGGCCCAGCUUGCCUAAGUCCAUAGUUUUACUGUUUGAUAUUAUGCCAAGUUUCUUAAUCAAAUUAAGUGCACCGUUUUUCAUUCAUAAGAUCCACUACGACAAGCGAAUUCCAGUUUUGAUUAUACUUUCUGUCUUUGGUAUAAUGCUUGUUUCGACAAGAAAGUUAUGGUUAUGUUUGCCUGGGAUCGUACUAGCCUCUCUAUCUUCUGGUUUUGGCGAGAUUACCUUCUUGCAAUUGACACAUUUCUUUGGUUCAAGAUCUCUAACUGGUUGGAGUAGUGGCACUGGAGGUGCUGGCAUCGUGGGAUCAUUCUCUUAUUUACUCUUGACCACUUUCUUGAGACUUAAUAUCCAGGUAUCUUUGAUGCUAUACGCACUGUUACCGUUCUUUUUCUUGUUGUACUUUAAUGUUAACGAUGAGAUUUAUGCCUCUCAAGAUUACCAAUCACUUGAAGUGCCUAUAGAGGAAGAUGGUAUCGCUUCCUCCGAAGAUCCAAUUCAAAUAUUAAAGCCAGACCAUUGGCACCAUACUCUGAAAAGGUUAUCCCAACUAGUCGUUCCAUAUAUGAUCCCGUUGUCUACCGUGUACUUGUUCGAGUACUUGAUAAACCAGGGCGUUGCACCAACACUUUUGUUUCCAAUAGACAAGACACCAUUCGUCAAGUAUAGAGAUAUUUAUGUCACAUAUGGUACCUUGUACCAAUUGGGAGUUUUCGUAUCAAGAACAUGGGGUCACCUACUUCCUGUCAAAAAUUUGUAUGUCUUCUCGAUCUUACAGUUCAUUAAUCUCGCUGUUACAAUUUGUCAAUCGUAUUUUUAUUUCACACAUUCUAUGUGGUUGCUCAUGAUAAUAAUAUUCUAUGAAGGUUUAAUCGGAGGUUCGUCGUACGUCAACUGCUUUAUGAAUAUUUUAAAGAAUGUGGAUCCAAAGGAACGUGAAUUCUCCUUGGGUUCUGUUUCGAUUUCGGACUCAUCUGGAACGCUGAUAGCCGCAUUUUUGGGAAUAUAUCUUGAACCGACUCUAUGUAAACACCAAAUCGACACCGGAAGGCCUUGGUGCCGCAUGGAAUAA